ACGAAGUUAAGUCGAGCAUCAUCUGUGCACGGGCCAUCGCACCCGGGGGAAAGUUCUAUCGCUGAUAACAAGUUGAUAAUUAAUUCUUUGACCGGGAGGGGGGGGGGGAGGCGACGUAUUUUCGACCGCGAAAUUCCUGCCAAAAGAAUUUCGCCGCCGGAGCCGGUCUGUAUUAAGCGAUCCUGGCAUCUAGAUAAAGAUAAUAAAUUGGCCGCCCCUGAUUGGAUCUGCCUCGGACAAAACCGACGGGAGAGGGAGGAGGGACAAAAAAAAAAAACUGUUUACAGUAGCUGGAAAUUGGAAGACAGAGACAAGUUCACAUGUGCCCCGUUACAGAGGAGAGGCGGAGUGUUUGGACAGGCCCAGCGGCCACCCAGAACGGUCCAGUCUCCCUUAAGAAUCGCUCCUCUUUAUCCUUCAAUUGAAAUCGAUUUUGUACCAGUAUGGAAAGCAGUGAGAACACCUUUGAUAAUACUGGUUGCACAGAGGGAGGUGUGGGGGGAGGGGAGGGGCGGCACGACAUAUGGGGACGAAGCCGAGAGUAGAGCUUCGAACGGCGGAGCUAACUUGGUGGUGCGGUUCCCCCUACCUGGCCUCACCGCACUCCAAACUGUCAACUACACGGUCAGCUCCGUGCUCUCUCGGCGGAUAACUAUUUAA